UGAACGUGACGUGCCUGCGAGAAGGAGCUUGUCAGCAGCUGGCAAGAUGGGCAUGAGGAUUAAACUGCACAGCACUGAUCACCCCAACAACCUGCUCAAGGAACUUAACAAAUGCAGGCUAUCAGAAACGAUGUGUGAUGUCACCAUUGUGGUGGGCAGCCGUUCCUUUCCUGCUCACAAAGCGGUGCUGGCAUGCGCAGCCGGCUAUUUCCAGAACCUCUUCCUCAGUUCAGGGCUGGAUGCUGCCCGCACCUAUGUGGUGGACUUCAUCACUCCAGCCAACUUUGAAAAGAUUCUAAGCUUUGUCUAUACCUCAGAGCUGUUCACAGACCUGAUCAAUGUGGGUGUCAUUUACGAGGUUGCUGAAAAAUUGGGCAUGGAGGAUUUGCUCAAGGCCUGCCAUGCUACCUUCCCAGACUUGGAAAAUUCAGCUGUCACCAAACAGCCCUCCAUCUCAGGUGAAAGUCGGCCGAGUGGUGCUUUGGCUGAGCCAAACCAUGAAAACCGGAACACUGGGGAGCACCUUGGACCAGAGCGGAAUUCUAACAUGCAUGGCGAAGCAGCGGGCGGCUACAAAGACGAUCCUGUGAAUGGAGCCAGUCAUAAUUUAAUGCAUCCGCAGACUCCCAAAACAGAAGAACAGGAAUCACCAGCACAGUUCACUGGUGCCAUAAGCAUGGUGACUCAGUCUGGUCUCAGCAGUGUCAGCAUGGCGGUACAAAACACUGUGAGCUCUUGCCAGCCCUAUAAGUUCCAGAGCAAUGGGGAUUACAGCAAAGGCAGUUUUUUUGCCUCUGAUGCCUCGCUGGAUAUAUCCACAGGCAGUAACUCCUGCCCUAGCAAUAGUGACCACUCCAAGGACCAGGGCUUUGGGCACAUGGAUGAGCUGCAGCUGGAAGACCUGGGGGAAGACGAGCUACCUUUUGACGAUCCUACUGAGGAGCUAGGGGCUGCAGAAGAAGUUAUCGAGCUGAGUGAUGACAGUGAGGAGGAGCUCUCUUUUGAAAACGACACCCGGGACAGUAAGGCCAUGCCCUGCCAGGUGUGCAAGAAGGUUUUAGAGCCGAACAUACAGCUGAUCCGCCAGCAUGCUAGGGACCACGUAGACCUCCUGACUGGCAACUGUAAAGUCUGUGAGACCCAUUUCCAGGACAGGAACUCGCGAGUCACUCACGUCCUGUCACACAUCGGGAUCUUCCUUUUUUCUUGUGACAUGUGUGAGACUAAGUUUUUCACUCAGUGGCAGCUUAACCUCCACCGCCGAGAGGGGGUGUUUGAGAACAACAUCAUUGUCCAUCCCAGUGACCCAUUGAUAGGGAAGGUCAACUUGUUUAGUGGGGACUUGGCUUGUGCUGCCUGUGGCAAGGCGUUGGCCAAAGAUUUUCACGUGGUCCGGGGCCACAUCCUGGACCACAUGAACCUGAAAGGCCAAGUGUGUGACUUGUGUGACCAGCGGCAUCUAAAUCUCUGCAGCCUGAUGUGGCACAUGCUUUCCCACCUGGGCAUCUCCGUUUUUUCUUGCUCUAUUUGUGCAAACAGUUUUGUGGACAGGCACCUCCUGGAGAAGCACAUGGCGGUACACCAAAGCAUGGAGGAAGCCCUGUUCCGGUGUCACUACUGUGGCCAGGCUUUUAAGCUGGAAGCUGCUUACCGCUACCAUGUAAGCCAGCACAAGUGCGGCAACAGCUUGGACCUCGUUCGGCCCAGUUUUGGGGACCGCCUCCACCAGCAAGCUCUGCAGAAGAGGAAGUUGCCAGAGGAGUUCCUAAGUGAGGACGUGGCUCUCCAGAGCCAGCCUGGAAACAGUAAAUACAGCUGCAAGGUAUGUGGGAAAAGGUUCGCCCACACGAGUGAAUUCAACUAUCACCGUCGGAUCCAUACAGGGGAGAAGCCCUAUCAGUGCAAAGUGUGCCACAAGUUCUUCCGGGGGCGUUCCACCAUCAAGUGCCACCUGAAGACACACUCUGGGGCCCUCAUGUACCGGUGCACGGUCUGUGGCCACUACAGUUCUACCCUUAACCUUAUGAGCAAACACAUAGGUGUGCACAAAGGCAGCCUCCCCCCGGACUUCACCAUCGAACAAACUUUCAUGUAUAUCAUCCAUUCCAAAGAUACGGAGAAAAACACAGACAGCUGA